AUGGGAAAUGCCUUUGGCGUAAAAAAGUAUUAUCAGCAUUUAUUUUAUUUGUUAUUUGUUACAAGUGAUCCUAGUUGGUUGAAAGCGAGGGCAGUGUUGUUCGCUAUGGCAUUCUGUUCAACGCCGUCGUUUCCGAGCCGUUUCUCGUUUCGCAAUCCAAAGCUGCAACCUCUCUUCUCAAUGUCGUCACUGUCUUCGAAGCUACCGGUGCACUUUUCCGGCAAUGCCAGAUUCAACCGCAACCAUGUCCACCACAACCCAAGUGUUCUCAAAAUUCGUGCCACGAACUCAAACUCAAACUCAACGUCUUCAUCGCGCAGUGGCACCAACUACGUCUUAUUGAGCUCCGCUAUCACCGUCACAACGGCGGUAGCUAAUCGCGUGCUUUACAAGCUAGCUCUUGUUCCUAUGCGAGAUUACCCUUUUUUUCUCGCUCAGUUCAUAACUUUUGGGUAUGUUGUUAUAUAUUUCUCUAUCUUGUAUAUGCGAUACCGGGCGAGAAUUGUUACCGAUGAGAUGCUGGCGAUUCCGAAAUUACGUUUUGUAGCCAUUGGGUUUCUAGAAGCUUUGGGAUUGGUUACCGGAAUGUCUGCCGGAGCCGUACUUCCUGGACCAGUCAUACCCAUAUUGAAUCAGACAUUUUUGGUUUGGCAGCUAAUGUUUUCUACCCUUCUCUUGAGAAGAACGUACUCAAUCAAUCAAUUGGUUGGAUGCUUACUUGUAGCUGUUGGUGUUGUGGUGGCUAUUGCAAGUGGCUCAAAUACAGGUCAGAUGCUCUCUGAAGUUCCGUUCUUUUGGCCAGCACUGAUGAUAGUUUCUUGUUCCUUUCAAGCUUGGGCUUCUGUAACCAAGGAGUAUAUUUUCAUUGAUUCUGCCACUCGAUUAAAGCACAAGUCACUGGACAUAUUUGUGGUCAAUUCUUUUGGAUCUGGGUUUCAGGCUCUUUUCGUACUUCUGUCUCUACCUUUACUUUCUAACUUGAAAGGCAUACCAUUUGCUCAACUUCCUUCAUAUCUUAAAAGCGGUGCUGGUUGCUUUCUAAACCUUGGAGCUAAUAAACCAAGUUGUGAUGGCGCUCCCUUGCUUCCACUACUUUACGUAAUUACCAAUUUGGCAUUCAACAUAUCCCUGCUUAAUGCAGUAAAAACUUCUUCUGCAGUUGUUGCUUCUCUUCUAGUAAUGUUGUCAGUGCCAAUUUCUGUUUAUAUUCUUUCCCUUCCUUUACCAUAUCUUCCCGAGGCAACAAGCCUGAGCCCAUUCUUUUUGCUUGGCUGUGCAAUUCUUCUAUGUGGUCUGUUUUUGUACAACACAACCCGACCUGCGAGGAACAGUUCUGAAGUUGACUGAAAAAGUUCCAGAUUAUGAAACCAAUGAUGAGGAGAACUAACAGCUAAGCAUCAUACCGCAAAGAAUGUCAGCCUUGAGGCACUCUUGGCCACGGUGAAAUAUUCACAAUCAUUGCGAUUAUUCUUUUGAGCGUAAAAUUUGUUCAGUUUCCACGUUUAAGGGUCACUUAGCUGCUUUAUGGUGGCUGACUUCCUCAUUCUGCCAUUGGAUUAUUGUAACUUAAAAUUGUGCAUAUAUCUGACUUGUGCGAGUAUAUUUUCACGUACAUUAAUACAUAGCCGACAAACGUAGUUGGUAAAAUGCAGGUGCGGGCUUUUUUCA